GGAGUUGCGUAGUUGAUCGAUUAAUACUUCAAAAACAUAGUAGAGCACAGUGUUCAAGAUGGGGUGGGUCUCGGGUAAUCCUGUUUCGAGUCCGAAGUCCAAAAGAGGCCUCUCGAGAAAGGACAUUUCUGCAUAUGCGAAACGCUGAGAAGAUGGGAAAGCAGCCGGUGAAGCUGAAGGCAGUUGUUUACGCGUUGUCACCUUUCCAGCAGAAGGUAAUGCCUGGUCUAUGGAAGGAUCUUCCUGCUAAGAUCCAUCACAAAGUUUCAGAGAAUUGGAUCAGCGCUACUCUCUUGCUUUCCCCCAUCAUCGGCACCUACACGUAUGUGCAGAUGUACAAAGAAAAAGAGAAGUUAGAACACAGAUACUAGAGCUAUGCUUGUCAUUUGUUUGGAGAAUAUCUUCGGAAACUAGGUAAUAAGUGGCUACAGUUGGUUAUGUUAUGGUACUAGUUACUAGUACCAUCACUUGGGGAUUUAAUUAUUUAUCGCCUAUAAAAUCCAUUUAGUCUUUGUGUAGCCUUUUGAAACUUUUAUGCAUUCUGAGUCUAAAAAAGGUUAUUCCAUAAUGCCUUCUCAAUUCAGAUUCAUGAACAGGGAAUAGUAUCUUUUGUAUUCAUUCGCCAUGAUAUAAGAGAAUGGGGUUAGAAAGCCAGGGGUGGAUUUGACCCUCUUAACAUUGGCUUAUUGAUCUUCUACUUAUAGUACAUUACAUCAUGAUACUGAUACAGAAUUAAAAGAUGUUCAUCUUCAAUUAA